GGAACAUUACAUCUGCAUUCUGCCUUGUACCAAACCAGUGGAAGAAUGAAUUAGUGGAAGGAAAAUGGCUAACAAUUACAAAGGCUUAUAGAGCUGUUCUACGCUUAAUGUCACUAGCAAUUUCAUUGUGGGUGAGUCAGCAGAGCAGUCGGACUACGCCCCGCUAAUUCAACGGAGAAAAAAUGCUUGCUAAAUCAUAUACAUACUGUAUUUUCUGGAUUAUAAAUCGCUCUGGAGUAUAAGUCGCACCAGCCAGGAAGUGCGGAUGCGACCUAGAAUGGGACCCAUGGGAAUCAUGCAUGAGGAAGGUGACUGACUGGCAGCUAGUAUCGAGUGAACAACCAGGGGAAACUGGAGAUGAUGGACACAUUGGACUCAGGGUAGAAGUAUGGGAGGAGAGAUAAGAAACACAAGAUGGAAAAAAACAAGUGGGAGAUGAAUGAGGAUAUGUGGACUCAAAAGUGGCUUCAGCAAAUGAUUCACAAUUGGGAAACAAUGGUGCCAAAAGAGGAAGAAGCCUUCUGAGACCAGCACAAUGAAGCGGGCAGCGGUGGGCACGGCCACCUCGUAGCUCAGCCCCUGGCUAGAUUGAAAGAGCGGACACAAAGGAGAAUGCAAACAAAUAAAGAAAACACAUACACACACUCAUCCUGCAAGCUUGGGGUCAAAGAGCACGCCUAUAAAAGCGCCAAGCUGAUUGCAUAAUGCAAGCAACAUAAAGGGGGCAAUGGAGAUUUAGAGUAGCAAUCUCACCCUCAUGCACCCAUACACAAACACACACUGAUGAAGGGAUUGCAUAAGGAAGGAGAGGGGAUGGAUUUAGGUCACGGUGACUCUGGGAGCCACUGUGAGUGAUUAAAGCAGACACUCUCAGGCAACUGCCGCUCAGUCUGGGGCUGCAGAGCCAGCAAAGGACAGACGGACGGACGGACGGACGGACGGACGGACGGAUGGAAGGAAGAUGGGGAGAACGUGGCCGGCCUUCCGACAUGUCAGCUCAUUCCACUUGAAGGCUGUUCUAUUCCUGAGCAGCCUGUGUGCCCAUCCCAAAAUAAAACACCAUGAAGGAGUGGUGCGCUCUAGUGCUGAGAUGCGGUGGAUGCUGUUUCCACGUUGGAUAUGUUUUGUGGCCAGUGUGUGGAUGGGGGUUCUGCCUCAUAUCAUCUCCUCACACGCGGGGAUGUGUCCUAACGAGAUGAACCCCAACCUAUGGGUGGACGCCAUGAGUACUUGUACAAGAGAGUGUGAAUCCGAUCAGGAGUGUGAAUCCUUUGAGAAGUGUUGCCAGAACGUGUGCGGGAAUCGUAGUUGCGUGGCGGCCCGAUACGUGGUCGGGGAGCUAGCGGCCGUGCCCGUGACGGCGACCUGCGCCGGCUUCACGUGCACCCAGCAAGGGGCGGAGUGCGACAUCUGGGACGGCCAGCCGCUGUGUAAAUGUCGGGAUCGCUGCGAGAGGGAGCCCCACUUCACGUGUGCCUCAGACGGUAUGACCUACUACAAUAAGUGCUACAUGGACGCCGAGGCGUGCUCCAAGGGUAUCAGCCUUUCCGUGGUCACCUGUCGUUUCCACCUGGCCCGGCUAAGCACGAGCCCCGCGGCGCCGCCGGUGACCACUCUCCGCCCGACGACCGCCUCCUGGCAAGUGAUGAUCCCGCCUCCUACCGAGCCUCAGGCGCCUUUGGUCUUGAGCGCCCCCGUUCACCAGACUGUAAACGUGGGCGACACGGCCAGCUUCUCCUGCCACGUAACCGGGGCCCCCCCGCCCGAGAUCACUUGGGAGAAACAGCUUUCCGAGGAGGGGGUGGACAAGGUGGUCAUGGGGCGCAAUCACGUCCAAGGGAACAUGGUGGUCACCAACGCCGCUCAGCUGGUCAUCUACAGUGCCAAAACGCACGACUCGGGCGUCUACACCUGCACGGCUCGGAACCCGUCUGGCUCGGUGUGGGCCCACCACGCCCUCACGGUGCUGCCCGUGGAGCCCUCGAAGAGUCCAGAAGCGACUAACUUGACCCGCUGCCCCACUGAGGAGUGUCUCAAACCACCCGACAAUCCCAACGUCUGCGGGAGUGAAAUAGUAAGCUGGUUCUACGAUUCGCGAAGCAACAACUGCAUUUCUUUUACUCACUGCCGUAGCAGCGGACAACAGCCGAGGAAGUGGUUCGAGACCUACGCCAAGUGCAUGCGAUGUUGCGGCCCCGACGUGUCGGCCCCCUGCGACCUCCCCGCUCUUCAAGGCCCUUGUAAGGCCUACGAACCACGUUGGGCCUACAUCAGCAGCCUGCAGCAAUGCCAGUCGUUCAUCUACGGAGGAUGCGGGGGCAACGACAACAACUUUGAAUCCAAAGAAGCAUGCGAAGAGAUGUGCCCCUACCCAAAAAGCCACCAUUUUUGCAAAACGUGCAAACCCAGAGGCAAGAUUGUGACCAGCUUCUGUCGCAGUGACUUUGUGGUCCUGGGACGCAUGACAGAGUUUGCAGAGGAGAAGGACUCUGGCCACGCUCUUGUGACUGUGGAGGAGAUCCUCAAGGAUGAGAGAAUGGGCCUCCGCUUUUUUGGGAACGAGCCUCUGGAGGUGAACUUUAUGAACAUGGACUGGAAUUGCCCGUGCCCCAACAUAACGAGCGUCGCUGCCGAGGGCCAGGUCAUCAUCAUGGGGGACGUUAGCGAAGGCAUGGCUGUGUUGCAGCCCCACAGCUACGUGGGGGCCUCCAGUCCUCGCCGCGUACGCAAACUUCGAGAUGUCAUCGCUAAGAACACGUGCGAUAUUCUCAAAGCCAUCACCAACAGUCCGUAAACACGUCAAUAAAAUCUUUGGGGAUUUAUUAUACAACAUAUCUGUAAAAAAAAAAAAAAACUUUUACUAAGCACAUUUAAAAAUAACAAUGACAGAAUGGCAGACUGACAGAUUGAGCCAGCCUGAAAUAUUGACUGAUGAUUGACGACGGACUUUCGGGUCUACCGCUGGUAAAUGAUGGAAGUUCUCUGUCUGCUUUAUAUUUAUUAGAAUGUAAACUCAUAUAUUUUUGUAACACGUGGCAUUUUUUGUUGUUGUAAAUUGGAAGAAAAUAAAGAUUUUGAGUGAUUUUAAGUGUAA